CAGAAUCACCCAUUUGCUGCUUUUGAGGAUUAGUUGGCUCCACUUACACCACCAUGGAUGAAUUGCAGGAUGUUCAGUUGACAGAGAUCAAACCACUCCUGAAUGACAAGAAUGCAGCUCGCAAUUUCCAGGACUUCGACUGUCAGGAACAUGACAUUGAGACAGCUUUUGGAGUGGUCCAUGUCACCAUGCGGGGCAUGCCCAAGGGGAACAGACCUGUCAUCCUCACGUACCAUGACAUUGGCCUCAACCACAAAUCCUGUUUUAAUGCAUUCUUUAACUUCGAAGACAUGCAAGAGAUCACUCAGCAUUUUGCUGUGUGCCAUGUGGAUGCACCAGGCCAGCAGGAAGGAGCCCCACCAUUCCCAUCUGGGUACCAGUAUCCCAGCAUGGAUGAGCUGGCUGAAAUGCUGCCCGCUGUUCUGACACACCUGAACCUGAAAAGCUUCAUUGGGAUUGGACUGGGAGCUGGUGCUUACGUCCUCAGCAGGUGUGCACUCAGCCACCCCGACCUGGUGGAGGGACUCAUUCUUAUAAACGUUGAUCCGUGUGCAAAGGGCUGGAUUGACUGGGCAGCAUCCAAGUUUUCAGGCUGGACAACCAACAUAGUGGAUAUCGUCUUGGCGCAUCAUUUUGGCCAUGAGGAACUGCAGGCAAAUCUAGAUUUGAUCCAAACAUACAGGCUUCAUAUUGCGCAGGACAUAAACCAGGAUAACCUUCAGCUGUUCCUCACCUCAUACAACAGUCGUAGAGACCUGGAAAUCGAGAGACCAGUUCUUGGCAUCAAUGAAAAUACUGCAAAAACACUCAAGUGCCCUGCCUUGCUAGUGGUUGGUGACAACUCACCUGCUGUGGAUGCAGUGGUUGAAUGCAAUUCACGUCUUGACCCAACCAAAACUACCUUCCUGAAGAUGGCUGACUGCGGUGGCCUGCCCCAGGUGGUUCAGCCUGGCAAGCUGACUGAAGCCUUCAAGUACUUUGUGCAGGGAAUGGGCUACAUGCCAGCAGCCAGCAUGACCAGGCUGAUACGCUCCCGUACCCACUCCUCCUCUAGCCUGGGCUCUGGCGAUAGCAUCCGCAGCCGGUCUCACGCUAGCAACCAUGGUGAAGACAGUGCUGGAACUCCAGAAGGAAUUGACCUCCAGGAGGCACCUCAAACCAUGGAAGUAUCCUGUUAGGCAGGAUCCUCUUCUGGAUUCAGACAACUCCACUCUCCCCCACUGAACCCACUCAGAAUCUAGCAUUUCACCAACAUGGCAUUAACUGUUCUCUCUAACUUGUGCAUGCCCAUCUGAGCUGCCACCUCCUUGGUAGUCUGUACUUGGCAUUACUUUGGUCCUUUCUGUAUGCCCUUGGCAUCAGAGCCUCUUUAAAACUCGUCAACAUUCCGCAGUCUUAGUAAGUCCCGUUACUGUACAUGCUGGUCCCAUCUCCUGUCUGUGCUGUGUAUCAAUCCAGAUGACAGCCGUUGUCUCCCCUGUUCAUUUAAAUAUAA